CUGUCGCGCUCCCAAGAGCCGUCGAUAUCGGGAAUCCGGAGAGACUACAUAAGUUGCUGCUGUCGCACAUAGAACAAGCGUUGUGUGGAACGCUCGACCAUACGCUCGCGCGCCCUUGAUUACUCCUUGUUUUCACAUCAUGCGACUCAGUCUCAUCUCCGUACUCGUGUACGCCUCAGUCGUUCGUUGCGUCACAGUCCAGGAUGGCGGGGCCUUUGCAGCAGAACCUUUCGACUAUAUAAUCAUCGGAGCAGGCACUGCUGGGCUAGUGGUAGCCACCAGACUGAGCGAAGACCCUUCAGUGAGGGUCGGUGUCAUUGAAGCGGGCGAGACGGCCAAGAACGUGGAUAUCAUCGACGUCCCCGGAUUGUAUGGUGCCGACGUGGGGACAAAAUACGACUGGAACUACACGGCCGAGGCUCAAGGUGAUAUUCCGAGUGUGAGCUGGCCACGCGGAAAGGUUGUAGGAGGCUCUUCUGCGCUCAACUUCCUCGUCUGGGACCUACCUUCCGCGGCCGAUUUCGAUGCCUUCGAACGUCUUGGCAGUCCAGGAUGGAACUGGGCGAAUAUUUCCUCUGGUGUAAAGAAGGCCACCAACUUCACUACGCUCACACCAGACCAAACCAAUGAGCUCGGCGGAAUACAACCCAACGUAUCUGACUACGGUACCGACGGCCCUGUACACGUCUCCUUCGGUCGCUUCUUCCCACCCAUUACGAAGCUCUGGAUCGCUGCGCUGAACGUUUUGGGCAUACCUACCAACGGACGACCGAAUGGCGGAAGCAUCGUGGGCGUCAACUUGACACCAAUGGAUGUUCGACCGGACAAUAUGACCCGAGACUACAGUGCACCUGCGCGCUACUAUCCCAGAGAGGCGCGCGAGAAUCUGGUUCUGCUUACCAGCGCCUUAGUGAGCCGCGUCAACUUCGAUCCUGGCGCGAGGCAAGGACUGGUCGCGAAGUCUGUGACAUACAUCAGUGGCGGGCAAGCCUACAAUGCUACUGCCAGCCGGGAGGUGAUCCUUUCUGCAGGCACCGUGAAUACGCCCCAGGUGCUCGAACUGUCAGGCAUCGGUACCAAGGAUGUUCUGGAUUUGGCAAGGAUCGAACAGCUUAUCGACCUGCCUGUCGGCGAGAAUUUACAAGAUCACACGACCGUGUCUCUAAACUACGAGAUACGCAACGAUAUCGUGACGACUAGCGCUCUCGCAACCAACGCAACCCUUGCCGCCGAGCAGCUUGCCUUGUGGCACGCCCAUCAGCCCAGCAUGUACGACUUCGGUACACGCGGCAUCGGAUACCUCAAUCUUCCCCAACUUGUCGGCGAGGACCGUGCGCAGGAUAUCAUAGCCAAAGCCGAAGCGUAUGCACAGGGGCAGAAUGGAUCCGUCUACGCGGACGUUUUGGCCAAGCAGGUUGACCUCAUGAAGAAUGAAACCGUAGGCCAGAUAGAGCUGAUCACCGUCGACUCCGGGCGUGGUGUGGAGAUGGAGGAGGGGAAGGCGUACAUGUCCUUCGUCGUUGCAAAUCAGCACCCGUUGAGUCGAGGCUCUAUCCACAUCAACAGCAGCGAUCCUAGCGUCUAUCCCAUUAUCAAGCCUAACUACUACAGUGUCGAUCUAGACCUGGUCAUGCAUGUCGCAGGCGUUGACUGGGCGUUGAAGAUAGCUCAAACGGCUCCAUACGCGGACCUGGUCGUGCAACAACUGCUGCCCACCGCGGGCCAGGACCUUCGCGAGUUCGUCAAAGCGCAGGUCUCGUCGGAGGCCCAUCCCAUCGGGACGGCGAGCAUGCUACCUUACGGGCGCGGCGGCGUUGUCGAUGCUGAACUCCGGGUGUACGGGACGUCCAACUUGAGGGUCGUCGAUGCGUCUGUCAUCCCCUUGCAUGUCUCGGCGCACCUUCAGGCGACGGUCAUAGGCAUCGCUGAGCGGGCUGCUGAGCUGAUCACGGGCGCAGUGUAAUCUUUGCUGUGCACCUCGUAAUCCAGAAGUAGAAACCGCUUCUUCACGGCGCUCGGCUGUUGCAAAUGCAAGGAAUCCCAUUGUGUACAGUACAGAACCCGAGAAGUAGUUACAGUACAUACU